CGGUCCCGCCCCUUGGGGGCCGGCGCCACGGGCGUCGGAGUCUCUCUGCUACCAACUUCCGUAUUGACCCACCCAUCGCGAGAUUUUGGCGGCGCAGCAAUGGCAAGACCAUGCCGCGACACUGCUCCGCCGCCGGCUGCUGCACACGGGAUACACGCGAGACUCGCAACCGCGGCAUCUCCUUCCACAGACUUCCCAAGAAAGACAACCCCAGGCGCGGCUUGUGGCUGGCCAACUGUCAGCGGCUGGACCCCAGCGGCCAGGGCCUGUGGGAUCCGACCUCUGAGUACAUCUACUUCUGCUCCAAACACUUCGAGGAAAACUGCUUUGAGCUGGUGGGAAUCAGUGGGUAUCACAGGCUGAAGGAAGGGGCAGUCCCCACCAUAUUUGAGUCUUUCUCCAAGUUGCGUCGAACAGCCAAGACCAAGGUGCAUGGUUAUCCACCUGGCCUGCCUGAUGUCAGCCGGCUCCGGCGUUGCAGGAAGCGCUGCUCUGAAAGACAAGGACCCACAAUUCCAUUUUCUCCACCUCCUCGUGCUGAUAUCAUACGCUUUCCUGUGGAAGAAGCCUCAGCACCUGCCACUCGGCCUGCAUCCCCAGCUGCGAGGCUGGACCCUGGCCUUAACAGCCCCUUCUCAGAUCUCUUGGGCCCUCUAGGUGCUCAAGCGGAUGAAGCGGGCUGUAGUGCACAGCCUUCACCAGAGCAGCACCCCUCCCCUCUUGAGCCACAGCAUGUCUCCCCAUCUACAUACAUGUUGCGGCUGCCGCCACCCGCUGGAGCCUACAUCCAGAAUGAGCAUAGCUACCAAGUGGGGAGCGCCUUGCUCUGGAAGAGGAGAGCUGAAGCAGCUCUUGAUGCUUUGGAUAAGACCCAGCGCCAGCUGCAGGCCUGCAAGAGGCGGGAGCAGCGGCUUAGGCUGCGACUGACCAAGCUGCAGCAGGAACGGGCCCGGGAGAAGCGAGCUCAGGCAGAUGCUCGCCAGACCCUGAAGGACCAUGUACAGGACUUUGCUAUGCAGCUGAGCAGCAGCAUGGCCUGAUAAAGGGACCACACACCCGGCUCUGGCCUCCUCUUCUCAGAGACACUUGACUGGAACCGCAUCCACCGAGCUGGCCACAUGUCACAAUAAAGUGGAUGCUAGCUAGAGA